AUGGGACAGGCCGACUCACGGCCUUUACAAGCAAUGGUUGACAAUAGCAAUUUUACUGAAGAAGAAAUCAAAAGACUUUACAAAAGAUUUAUGAAGCUUGAUAAAGAUUGUUCAGGCUCCAUUGACCGAGAAGAAUUCCUUUCGAUUCCGCAGAUUGCAAAUAAUCCAUUGGCAUCAAGAAUGAUUGCUAUAUUUGAUGAGGAUGGUGGUGGUGAUGUAGAUUUUGAAGAAUUUAUUUCUGGAUUGAGUGCCUUUAGUGCGAAAGGAAAUAAAGUCGAAAAAUUACGUU